AUGGAGUGGGCCCGCUGUGCCUCAACAAUAAAACCAUACCCAACUAUUUUGGAUUUUAGCAAAUGGCUCAAAGAUGUUGCUGAUUUGGUAAGAAUGGUGCAAACUACAAGUGGAAAUCGUCAAAAUAAUGAACCAAAAAGAAAAGUUGUCCUUCAUGCUGCUGAUGGUCAACGUAAACAACAAGAAUGCCCUAUGUGCCAGGCAAAUCAUAAAAUAUUUGAUUGUAGAAAAUUAGGUUCGUUAAGUGUGCCUAAUCGUUGGAGUGAAGUGAAAAAAAUGAGGUUAUGUUUUUCGUGCCUGGGUAGUGGACAUUCGAGUAGAUUUUGCCGUUAUCGAAAGACGUGCCCCGUAGAUGGUUGUCUAAGAAAACAUAACAAAUUAUUACAUGAUGUCAAGAUUAAUGAUGGUGGAAAAAAUGAGCUUUCGUCAGAGUCGCCUGCUCCAAGUGGUUCCACAAAUGAAAAUGAGUCUGUUCUUAGCUGUGUGACUAAAGCUGCAGAUAAAGGUGUGUUGUUGUUCCGAGUGGUGCCAAUUGUGCUUUAUGGUCGCAGUAACAAAAUUGAAACCUAUGCGUGGUUGGAUGAAGGUUCGUCGGUUACUAUGGUGGACAGCUCCUUGGUGAAGAAACUUGGUCUUCAGGGGCAUCAAAGUCAAUUGAAUUUAAAUUGGUAUGCUGGUAAGGCAUCGCAAGAAACGGCAACAGUGGUUGAUAUGCACGUAAGUGGAAUUGGUAAGCAGAGAAAAUAUGCCUUGCGAAACGUUUAUGGAGUUUCAAAUUUAAAAUUGCCGGCCCAAAGCUUCAAUAUGGAUUUAAGUCGCCAUCCUGGUUUGCCCAUUAAAUUAUAUAAUGAUGUUGUUCCCAAAGUUCUGAUUGGAUUGGAUCAUUGCCAUCUGGGACUUCCUGAUGAAAUUGUGUCUCUAGAUGAAAAUGGUCCAUAUGCUGCUAACACCCCAUUAGGGUGGGUCGUAUUUGGGAAAAUGAUGGGUAAGCAAGAUAGUGAAAAUUUGUGUCUUUUGUCAGUUCAGCCAGAGCAAAGACUCUAUGACUUAGUGGCAAAAUAUUUUGAAACGGAGAAUUUUGGUGUGAAAUUAUUGCCGGUCAUAGAAUCAAAGGAUGACUUACGGGCUCGGAAAAUUAUGAACGAAACUACAAUUAAGAUUGAUGGUAGAUUCCAAACUCGGCUCUUGUGGCGUGAAGAUGAUGUUGUGUUGCCUGAUAGCUACUCCAUGGCUCUAAAUAGACUUGUUGGUAUUGAGCGAAAGAUGAAUAGAAGUCCUGAAUUUGGUGCUGCCUACAAAUCCAUUAUGAAGGAUUAUUUGUCCAAGAGGUAUGUACGUAAAUUGUCGCCUAUUGAAGCUGCUGAUUUGUGCCCCAGGACUUGGUAUCUACCGCAUUUUGGAGUGAUUAAUCCUAAUAAGCUAGGAAAAAUUCGUUUGGUGUUUGAUGCUGCCGCAACUGUUGAAGGUGUUUCCCUAAAUUCUAAACUGCUAAAAGGCCCGCAGCAAUAUAAGCCGCUGUCAUCGGUUUUAUUUAAUUUUCGAGUUGGUGCUGUAGCAGUGUGUGGAGACAUCAAAGAAAUGUUUCACCAGGUUAUUGUAGCUCCUGAAGAUAGAUGCUCUCAAAGAUUUCUUUGGCGUGAAGACACUAGAGAACCACCUGAUUCUUAUAAAAUGCUCGUCAUGACUUUUGGUGCUGCUUGCUCGCCUUGUGUAGCCCAUUAUGUCAAAGAAACAAAUGCCCUUAGCUAUCGUGAUAAAUAUCCUCGUGCAGUGAAGUCGAUUGUUGAUCAUCAUUAUGUAGAUGAUUUUGUGGAUAUAAUUGUGGCUCUUAAAGGUACAGUGGAAAGUCCGGUGAAUUUUUCCAGCGAUGUCAACCAGCUACAAUCAGAGAAGAUACUUGGUAUGUAUUGGCAACUUAAAGAUGAUACUUUCAGGUUCAAUUUGAAGUUCCACAAUGUGAAUGCUGAUGUUAUAGAAGGUAUGAGGUGUCCAACAAAACGCGAACUUUUAAGUGUGGUUAUGUCUGUUUUUGAUCGACUUGGUUUCCUGAGCUACUAUAUGAUAACGGCAAAGUUACUGAUGCGUGAAGUUUGGAGACACAAUAUACGAUGGGAUGAUGCAUUGCCCGGAGAAUUAAACGAGAUAAAAGAUGUUCCUUCUCGCCUUGAACUACAUGUUUUUGUCGACGCUAGUGAAGAUGCAUUUGGUGCCGUGUCAUACUGGAGGUCUAUAAAUGCUGAUAACAAAAUUGAAGUGACUUUUGUAGCUGCAAAAACUAUAUGUGCUCCUCUGAAAGUGAUGAGUAUUCCUCGGCUCGAACUUCAGGCUGCUGUAUUGGGUACUCGUUUGAUGGGUACAAUUUUGAAGGAACAUUCCAUUAAGGUAUCAAGAAUCGUUUGCUGGAGUGAUUCAACCACCGUAGUUAGUUGGAUUGGAUCUGAAAGUCGAAGAUAUAAACCUUUUGUUGCCCAUAGAAUUACUGAGAUUCUUGAUUCUACUAGCCCAGCAGAUUGGAGAUGGCUGCCAACAAAUCUUAAUGUUGCCAAAGAAACUACAAGAAUGAAAAGCCAGGUUAAUUUUUCAGAUGAUUGCCGCUGGUUUACGGGACCUAAAUUUCUAUACGAAUAUGAAGAUGAAUGGCCAAAAACGCAAGAAAUACCUACUUGUAGCCUAGACACUGAAGAAGUUCGUCCCAAAUUUGCAUUGCUGGUAAAUACCCCUGUUGUUUUUGAAUUCGAUAGAUUUUCAUCAUAUUUGAAAUUAAAACGUACGAUUGCCUGGGUAUUACGUUUUAUAAAUCGUUACCAAAAAAAGAUUGGUCCUGAAGAAGGAAAUGGUUUAACUACUGCAGAGUUAAAAAGUGCUGACAUUUGUCUUUGCCGUCAAGCCCAACGAGAACAUUUUAGCCCUGAAAUUGAAAUGAUUAAAAAUGAAGGUACUUUGCCCAAAAGUAGUGAGUUGUAUGCCCUGACUCCAUAUAUGGAUGAAAAUUCAUUACUUCGAGUUUAUGGUCGUGUGGAUGCAGCUAGUUGGUUACCAUUGGAUAUAUGGCGUCCGAUUAUAUUACCGUCGCUUCAUCCUGUCACCGAGUUGUUUGUGGCCCAUGUACACGAAAAAAUGAAACAUCUAAACUUUGAAGCUACAAUUUCGUCGUACAUUGCCGGUGCCACCACUUAUGGCUUUUUGAAAGUCGCUUUCGAUUUGUCAACCGAUGCGUGUAUUCUUGCCAUACGCAAUUUUAUAAAUCGACGUGGCCUGCCUACAAGACUGAGGAGCGAUAAUGGUACAAAUUUUGUUGGUGCUGAUAAAUUUGCCAAGAAGUUCAGUGAAGUAUUUUAUGUGGCUCGAAUUAAAGAUGAACUUACAUCUAAAGGUAUAGACUGGCAGUUUAAUUGCCCACAUAAUCCUGCAGAAGGUGAAUCCGCCCCUCGUGAACACACACUGCAAAGUUUCCUGAUUGAAGCGGAAAAUAUUGUGAAUUUCCGUCCGUUGACACACUUGCCGUUGAGCCACGAAGAUGAAGAACCACUAACGCCUAAUCAUUUUUUGUUGGGUUGCCCUAAUACAACACAAACUCCUGCCGGAGCAAAAGACGAACAGCCUGUUGUACUAAAAAAUCAGUGGCGCAUUUCCCGUCAGCUACGUGAUCACUUCUGGAACAGGUGGAUAAAGGAAUAUUUGCCCACGUUGACUAGACGCUCCAAAUGGUGUCAACGUACGAAUCCUAUUGCUAUUGGUGAUUUGGUUCUAAUUUGCGAUCCAGCCGUGUCCCGUAGAGAUUGCAAACGAGGCAGAGUGGAAGAGGUGUUUAAAUGUAGAGAUGGUGUUAUUCGUCGUGCUGAUGUACGUACUAGUACAGGAAUACUAAAGCGACCUGUUUCCAAACUUGCUGUCCUUGAUUUGGAGUAG